AUGUCAUCUGAUGGAGUGGUCGGAGCAAGUCGAACCGCAGAAGUUCAUAAUGGUUCUUCUGGUGAUAAUACUUCUGGAAAUCACACUAAUGAGAGUGGCAUUCCACAAACCCUUGAAGCUCCCAACCAAAAUCUGAAUUUGGAUGCAGCUGAAGGUUCAACUGUGGUCGGAGCAAGUCGAACUACUGAAGUUCAUAAUGGUUCUUCUGGUGAUAAUACUACAGCAAAUCACACUAAUGAGAGUGGCAUUCCACAAACCCUUGAAGCUCCCAACCAAAAUCUGAAUUUGGAUGCAGCUGAAGGUUCAACUGGUAACCUUUAG